CCUGCGCUGACCUGGCCGCUGCUCGGGUGCACUUACGCGUCCCCCCAGCGCCUCGACCGCCUGCCCAACCGCGUGCUGCUAGCCAUGUACUUCGUCCAUUACGUGCACAGGUCGCUGAUCUUCCCCUUCCUGAUCCGAGGAGGAAAGCCAACGCCUCUCUUCACCUGUGUGUUAGCCUUCCUGUUCUGUACCUGUAAUGGCUACCUGCAGUGUAGGUACCUGAGCCAGUACGCAGUAUACACCGAGGACUGGGUGACCCAGCCCUGUUUUCUGGCUGGCUUUGCCUUGUGGUUAAUGGGCCUGCUGAUAAACAUCCACUCAGAUCACGUCUUGAGGACCCUCCGUAAACCAGAGGAGACAGAAUACAAAGUACCAAGGGGAGGCUUGUUUGAAUACGUUACUGCCGCCAACUACCUUGGGGAAGUCGUGGAGUGGUGCGGCUUUGCGCUGGCCAGCUGGUCUCUCCAGGGUGGGGCUUUUGCUCUGUUCACAUUUACCGUUUUACUGCCCAGAGCACAACAGCAUCACCGGUGGUACCUGGAGAAGUUUGAAGAUUAUCCAAAGUCUCGGAAAAUUAUAAUUCCAUUUCUGUACUGAGUACCAUCAUCAAGGAAAUGACCUUCAUCUGGGAGUUUCCCCACUCUUUCUCUGGGUGUCAGGUCUGACUUAAGCGAGUCCUUCACAAGCAAAUGGGACAAAGCGAACAGGCUGCUUUCAGCAGACAGCAGCAGCUUCUCAGUAAAAAGGGUGAAUGGACCCAAAGCACAAACCCCCCUGGUGCCGAGAAGUCCAGCAAUGGUGUACACGCAUGAGCAGGCGUCCAGCUGUGAUAAACUCGGCUUUUCCCAGUGAGCUGCUCCAGUCUCCUGAUUUUUAGUCUCUAUUUACUGGAAUAAACUUUCCUUUCAAAAGCC